AUGGCUAAGCUUGCCAGUGCCACGCAAGGCGCAUGCGGUGCUCUCCCUCUUGCAGUGGAAGCACCAUUGGCUGCCACGCAAGGCGCGUGCUCAACAGAUGCCAACCAGAAGAAACACCAUCGCGUCUCGAAGCCUUUGCUGGAGGCCCAGCCAGCAUUGGAUGAUACCAACCAGAUGACCAACCCUAGACGCCUAGACCUUCCUUUUUCUGCCUUAUUCACGAAAACCGCCAGCCUGUUUUGCCGCAACACAAUGAACGUGCACUUUUGGCGCCAGGCGGCGCUUUUGCAAAAGAGCAGCAAAACCGUGCAGCUGGAAGGUCUAGGUGCCAACCAGAUGGCCCACUAUCGCGUCUGGAAACAUUGCUUCACGGCUUGCAAACUUUCGCUGGAGGCAGAACGCCAAAAUUCGGCUUGUGCGCAGCGCCAUUGGCUCCCUUGCAAGGUGCCGAUGUUGCUCUUGAGAGACACCAAGCAGAAGGCCAACCAUCGCGUCUCAAAACCUGAUACCAGCCAGAUGACCGCGCGACGUGCCUUCAAAGUGAUGGUCCGCGCUCUGUUUCGCGAUUCGAUCAUGCCGAUGUUUCUCACAAUGUGA